ACAUCAUUUACAAUAGUGCUUAAUCAAAAUAAAAUAUGAAUACUACCGUGAAUAUAGAGACCUCGGAGAAGUUGUUUGUGCCAUCUACAACGAUACAAAUACCUAAUAACAAUAAUAACGUAUCAGUACAUAAUAAAAUCAAUAUUAAGGACGAUGGCGCGGCAAUUAUUGAAAUCGAUAACGCAAUCGUCGGCGAUAACGAACAGUUCAACAAAAUGGCAAAUUUUGAAGAUAUCGUACAAAGAUGCCGUACAGCAUUCGCCAGUGGAAAGACAAAAGAUGUGAAUUUUAGGCGAAAACAGUUGGAAAGUCUUUUGAAGAUGUAUGAAGAGCAUGAAAAUGAAAUGAUUAAUGCGCUCGAUGCUGACUUGAGGCGACCAAAGCAAGAGAGUUUGGUUGUUGAGACGGAAUUUCUCAAAAACGAUAUUAAACACAUAUUGUAUAAUUUAAAUGAUUGGGUUAAGCCCGAAACGCCUGAGAAGUCUUUGGUCAAUUUACUCGAUGAUGUGCAGAUUUUCAAUGAUCCCUACGGCGUGGUACUGGUAAUUGGCGCAUGGAAUUAUCCGCUGCAAUUGUUGCUUGUGCCCGUCGCUGCUGCCAUAGCUGCUGGUAAUUGUGUUGUGAUUAAGCCAAGUGAGAUUUCUACGAAUUGCGCUAAAUUUGUGACGGAAAUGGUGCCAAAAUAUUUGGAUAAUGACUGUUAUCCUGUUGUUUCCGGUGGCCCAACCGAAACUGCGGAAUUGUUGAAACAACGUUUCGAUUAUAUAUUCUACACAGGCUCCACAAGAGUGGGUAAAAUCAUACACGCUGCUGCUAAUAAACAUCUAACGCCAGUAACUUUGGAACUGGGCGGUAAAAGUCCCUGUUAUAUUGAUAAAUCUGUUGAGCUGCGUACAGCUGUGAAGCGCAUACUUUGGGGAAAACUAAUCAAUUGCGGGCAGACAUGCAUUGCGCCGGAUUAUGUAUUGUGUUCGAAAGAAAUACAGGAGAAAUUCAUUGCCGAAGCAAAGGAGGUGCUCAAAGAGUGGUAUGGCGAGGAUAUCAAGAGCAGUCCAGAUCUCAGUCGCAUUAUAAAUCAUAAUAAUUUUCAACGCCUGCUUGGUUUAAUGAAGAGCGGCAAGGUUGCUGUUGGUGGUAAUUAUGAUGCCUCAGAACGCUUCAUUGAGCCAACCAUACUAACAGAUGUUAAGGAAGAUGAUGCCAUUAUGCAAGAAGAAAUUUUCGGCCCACUUUUGCCCAUUUUCACAGUAGAAAAUGCCUACGAUGCAAUUAAAUUCAUCAAUUCUAGGGAGAAGCCUUUAGUGAUCUACGUUUUCUCCAAAAACUCUAAAGUUAUAAAAGAAUUGAGAGAAAACACAACAAGCGGUGGAUUUAGCAGCAAUGAGACUCUAAUGCAUUGUGGAGUUGACACAUUACCAUUUGGCGGCGUUGGCUCUAGCGGUAUGGGCCGUUAUCAUGGUAAAUAUGGAUUUGAAACUUUCACACACAAGAAAUCGUGCCUUGGCAAAGAUCUGCAUCCACUUGGUGAACUGUUGGCUUCUGGCCGUUAUCCACCAUAUUCAGACCGCAAAUCGACCUUAUUAGGCAUUCUACUGCGCAAGCGUCGUCCAUUCCCCAAAUUGUAUCUGUCACAUCUAUUGGCUGUUGGCUUGGGUAUUGGUUUAACGGUACUCUUUACUCAUUAUAUGCAGAGUGAUAACGAUAAGAAUUAAAAAUAAUGUUCUCUAACAAAAAUAAAAAUAAAAAUAAAAAACACAAAAUUUAGUUGUAAAUUUGUAAUGCUGCAUGUGAACUAUGUAUGCAGGGCGUUGUAUUUAAAACAAACAAAAAACUGUGUAUUUCUAAAAAUGUUAUUUAAUAUAUAUGUACAU